AUGAAUCAUACUAAUAGUAGUUACAAUUAUUGGACUAUACCCAUCAUUAAUAUUCAAAAGAAUACAACCAUUUGUUUUAAUAAUAAUGCAUUUGACAUUAAAUCCAAUGCAACAGAAUGUUAUGGGGUUAAAAAUAUUCCAAAUAAAAUCAAUUUGUUAUAUUUCCAAGAUAAUAAAGAUACAGAGUCUAUAAGAUAUGGUUAUUGGAUCAAUAAUAGAUUACUUCUUCAAAACCAAAUUUAUUUUAUAUAUGACCGAGCAUCAGGAAUGUAUAUACCAAAAAGAGAAAGCCGCCAAGAUUUGUAUGCGAACAAGAUCCAAGAAUAUUUCAUGUAUAUGGUAAAUGAUGCUUCUAAUAAAAUCGACCAACUUGAAUGGAAGUAUCUUUGUAAUGCUAUUAAAACAAAUAAAGAUCAUGGAAAUGGUUCUGAAGGUUAUAUAUAUGUGGACCAAAGUAUGUGUACUUUAAAGGAAACGUCACAAUUGAAUAAAAUUAUUUCUGCAAGAGGCAGUGAACUGGAUAGGAACGAACAGCACUAUUUAGAUUAUAUUGAUAUUCAGUUCAAAAGUGCUAUGGCAAUUAGAAAGGGGUAUGAGAUGAUUGAUUAUUAUGAUACCAGUAAUUAUUUACAACAGGUAAUCGAACAACAUUCCAUACAAGAAAUCAUUAAUCAAAUGAAAAUUGCAUAUGCGAAUAUGAAUUAUAUUGGAAAUUUUGGAAGUGCAGAACAUUGGCAAUUACUUAUCAAACUGAUUUGCCAAAGUGAAACUUUUUUCAAAGACGAGAAGAAUAUAUCUAUCAAGAUCCAAAUAGACGAAUUAAUAUCACAUCAACUUGAAAGUUUGUCCGAAGAAUGUGUGGCCAGUUUCAUCGAAGAAAGAUUAUGGAGAGAAGUAUUUGGAGAUAAUACAAAGUCUUUCCCAAAAAUAUUGAAUAGUCUUUAUCAUCGACAAAUAUUUGUUCAGGAUGACAGCAAUUUGAACGACGGCAAUUUGAGUGACGGCAAUUUUAGUGACAGUGAAUUUAACGACAGCAAUUCUGACAGCGACGCGCCAGCAAUUGCAGGGCACGUGACAUACCGCUUCUGGUAG